UAGAAAGAAAAUUUCUAUAAAGAAUAUAUAAUUAUACAUUUAUUGAACAAGCAUAAUUCAUUAAUUUAGUUUAGUUUUAUUAGAUCUUAAUAAAAGCAGAUAUUCAACAAUAUUUGGCCUGAUUAUUUGUGCUAUUAUAUAUAAACCCAAAUCACGAAAAUUUCAACUUUUCCAUUUUUAUGGACGAAUUUUACUACGUUCGCGAGAGUUUAUAACUAGUGAAUAGGAUUUUGUGUUAUUUUGUGAAAAUAUGAAUAUCAUUGCUGGAGAACCCGUUCCGCCUGGUUUUGAAGAUGAAAUAAAUCGUGACCCUCAAAUCCAAAAGGCGAUUGAUCAAUACAAAGGUAAUGCUCUUGUUGGACUUGAGUAUACACUUGAAUUGCAUGAGGAUGACCGUCGUGAGCCGGGUUACUUUUGUGUACUUUGUGAUAAGCGUGGAGAUCCACGCACCAUAAUGCAGCACUGGACAUCUUAUAAUCAUCGUCUAAAGUAUCUAGAAAAACAUUUCCCAACGGCGGUUCGUGAAUUCAAUCCCGUAAAGUACAAGCCGAAUUCGCAUCAGAUUCUUUUGAGUGUUGUGCAAAAAUUAUCUAAAGCUAUUGAGGAUCACCAUGGUCGUUUAAAAUUAUUGGUUGCCAAUAGCGAUGAUUUUCGUCGUAUGAAAGCAAAAUUUGUUGGAGAAAUUAAUAAUAAGUUCCAUUUCGACGAACGGAAUGGCCCAAACUUUCUUGAUGUGAUUGACAGGUCUCUUUGGGAACCCAUUUCGACUGCAACCACAAAUAAGAUGGAACAAACGUUACAAAUAACUAUUAAAGCUCCAAAACGUAUAAAUGAAGAUUUUUCUAUGAAAUCAAAUCGCGAUGACUUGGACGAAAUUUCAAGUGACUCCGACGGACAGUCAAGUUCAAAGAAAGUAAAAAAGCGAGAACAAUCUCCCGCUUAUCGAGUGUUGCCGCGGGUUCGACGUUCGCCGCCUUUCGAAGAGGAACGAAGUGAAGAGCGUAAGGAAGCCGAAAAGAAACUUCCAACACCAAAAGAAUUAUCCCUGCAAGCUUCGCACAUUGCUCAGGAAAAAUAUAAGUGGGAAAAAUAUAGAUGCAUGCUUGAUAUACAACUUAAACAAAUGGAAGAAGUGCAACAAGAUUAUGAUAAGAACCCGGAAAAACAUCCUCUGUAUCCUGAUGAAUGGAAGAAGUUCUGGAAUCGACGUUAUAAGGAGUUACAGAUAGAAAAGAAGACAGAUCCCAAUAAAUACGAUUACAAACCUGAAUGGAUUACUUUCUGGACUAAACGUAUGAAGGAUUUAUUCAAUGCUGAAGUAGAAAAAAAGAAGAAAGAAAUUAAAGUGAAAAUUGGUUUGCCAGAAAAUGCCGAGGAGAUGGUCGACCAACUGAAGGAAAAAUACAAAGUACAUAUUGCGCGAAAUGCAGUUGGUGUAACGUCUGGUGGCCACGUUUUAGGACCAAAGGUUUCCGAUCGUGGUAUUGACAUUGCCAAAAAACGGUCCAAAGCUUCGGGCGAUAUUAUAAAUAUAAGUGACGAUGAAUCUCCGGUUCGCGGUCGAGGUCGCCGUACACGAACACGAACACGUUCACGUUCCCAUUCUCGUUCACGACGACCCCGAUCCAAGUCGCCACGUAACUCACGCAGUCGCGAAUAUAAGCGGUCGCGUGAUCGAUCCUCUUCAUUGUCAAAAAGUCCACUUUCGGAUGAUUACAAUGCGUAUCCUAUGCAUUCCCAGCGUCAUCGCCAUCCAUCACGAGGUUUUGCACCAUCGGUUGAAAGUGAUUAUUUCAGUUCAUCGUAUCCACCACGCGGGAGAUAUGCAGCAGUACCGUCUUCAGCGCAUUAUGGUGGAUCAGCACAUUAUCGCAUUCUCGAACCUCACCAGUAUCCAAAAUAUGAACGUUCACCAUCUCCGAAUUCUAAAUCUGCAACGACCAGAGAAGAAGCUGAACCUGAAAACGAUGGGCCGCUGACGGUUGUUGCAGUAUUGCGUUUGCUUACAGCUCUUGAGGACCAUCUGGGCAGUCUUGGACCAAAAGUAGUAGAUUUAUUGGGCAAAGCUUUGGCAUUGGAGAAGGUGAAGGCCAAUUCGGCAGACGAUUUGUUGUUGAAUGAGGAUCACGUCGUAUUUUUUGAAACAAUCAAAGAGAAAUUGAAAGGUAUAAUAAUUGCGGACGUGCUAGACGACCAACAAAAAAUCCGAGCUGUUAAGAAAGCUAUAAAAAAUAUUGCGACCGUAAUUCACCAAGUUUCUUCAAAAGGUAACUCAUCAAAUAUUAAUAACCCUGAGGUUGCAAACACUAACGAUAACGGCGAAUCAGCCAAUAAAGUGAACCCAUUAAAGAAAUCCGACAGUGUUAGUAUUAAAGAAUUACCAUUUGACCGCCAACUUAUUUCCACCAAAUUGGCUGCCGCUUUAGUUUUUCAAGGACGCGAGGAUGUAUCCACCGAGGAUAUGAAUAAGUUGAUUUUCUUAUUCCUUUUAUUCGUGAAACUAUCGAAAGAAAAACGAGAAAUAGAUGGUAAAGCUUUACAACUCGGAGGUUUGUUAGCCCAAUUAGGUAUAUAUGUACCAGCGUCGUCCACACCGACAUCUGCCGCAUUGGCUGCCUUACCAGGUAUUGUGGAAGAGUUAUUGGAAAAUGAAAUGAGUGUCGGUAGUGUUCGUGGCCACAUUAAUGAAAACGAUGCUUCAAAUGAGACAGUCGAUAAAGAAACAAAGAAUGAUGGUGCUGGCAACAUGUUGGAAUCUUUAACCGACUCUGAUUUACAAACGCUAUUGCAAAACUUUAAGCACUUAUCGAGUGAGGAGCAACAUCAUUUGAUAGCACAUCUAAAAAAGUUGGAAACAGCUGAUCCAAUUCGUGUUGAGAAACUGAGAAAAUUUGUUAAUCUGGCUGACCUAACAGGCGCUGCUUAUUCAUCACCAUCAGCUGGUACAAGUAAGUCCAAUCACCGAGAAAGGUCGCGUACUCGUGAUAGUCGUUUUGAUGAUUCGCCGGUUCCAAGUAGUAGCCGAGGACGUAGUCACCACGACGAUGAUGAUUAUGAUGAUCGCCGUCGUGGUGCCAGUGCUUCUAAUCCAAAUAGAUUUAGUCUAGAUGAUGAAGACGAGGAUGAUGAUUAUAAUGUAGAUGAUGUGUUUAAGGCAGCGUUCCGCAAAGUAAGUGACAAUUCACGUCAAUCUAAAGCCGACUCCAUGUUGUCCCACGAGCCCAGUACGUCUCGCUCCCUAAUGAAGCCGGCGCCUGUACAAGCUCCAGCACCUAUUGUUCCGGUGUCAUCUUCACCGAAUGCGUUGACCUUUAAUCGUGCUGGCCUUAAUAUAUCUCUGAGCGAUACGCAAAAUUUGAUUGCCAAUUUGAUGGGCUCAUUGCAACAGAGUAAUUCAAAUCAGAAAAACAACAUUAAAACGACACAAACAAAUGAUGGCAAAGGACAACAGAUACCGACCAGAUCAAAUGUGCCAAUUCCGCCCAAAGUUCCGAAAAAUCCAACAAUGCAACAGCAGCAAAACCCAUCAGGGCCGUCAACUACUAUGCCUUACUAUCAACAAGGUCAGCAGCCACAGCCGCAAGCAUAUCCAGGCGGUGGUGGCUACAAUCAAAUGGGUGCGAUGAAUAAUCAGUCAUAUUAUAAUACUAUGGGCUAUAAUAACAGUGGCGGACCUGGUUAUCCGGGCUACCAACAAUGGGGUAUGGGAGAUGGUCAGCAAUACGGCAUGCAAAAUUUCAUGGGACAGCAACCACAAGGUCCUCCGCAAAAUAUGGGCUACAAUAAUGUGUAUGGCCAAGGCCCUCAUUAAAUUUUGCAAGCAAUAAAUAUCGACUAAGAAUAAAAGCUUUUACGUCUCUCUCGGUACGUAUGUACUUAUACGAAUGCCGAAUAUUUUCAAAAUUAAAUAAACGGAAUUUGUUAUUUCAGGAUAGCUAAAAAGACUCGGAAACUAAGUACUUUAUGUCGAAUAGGUAUCGUAUUUUGCAAAUAAAAAUGAACAUUGUACACGUACACUUUAAGAUUUCUAGCAAAAAUGUAUAUAUCAUGUAUGCUAUAUGUGACUAAAAAGUUGUAUUAAGAUGUGACUUUUUCGCAUGGUGAAUAUGAUUUCAGCUUUUGAAUACCUAUAAGGGUAUCUUAUAGGCCCAAGUUCGUUAUAUUAAUGUAUGCGUUUAUAAUUUUUAUGACUUCUUUCUUUAAAAAUAUCUGAUUGUUUUGCAGUCAUUCACGAUUUUUUUAUGAAAAAUUCGAAUAUUUGAAAAUAUGAGAAAACCUGUUUUAAAAUUUAAUUGCCGAUUUAACCGGCAUCGGGGUGAAAUAUAACAAUAAAUGCAACUAUAUUUUAGUGUUCUGUGAUAUAAUAUGGAUACGUAUAACGGUAAGUAUAAGUUGUAAAAGUUAUAAAAAUUUAAAACACAAACACAGUUGUGCCGGUAGAAAAUGUUUGCUGUCAUAUUAGAUUCAGAAAUAUAGCUGAAGUGAGAGUUUCUGACCAUAUAUAAAUAUGAGUAUUUUUUCGUCAAGCAGGGCCUCAUGUCUUGAAAAUGAAUAAGUGCAGAAUCAGUUUGAAUAUAUUUUGAAGUUCCAAUAUAAAAAUAAUAAUUAUUCCCAAUCCUUAUGUACAAGUGUAUUACAUUUUAUGUGCAAUUUGAUGCAUUAAAGUCCAAAGCGCUUAUAAUAUAUAUAGUAUAUAUUUAAUACUAUGAUUGCUUUAUAAAAAAAGUACUUGGGAAAAAUUGAACGUGAGGGAACCUAAUAAAUAUUACUCUUCUAUGGCUGUACUCUAUCUUCACUUUAAGCUUCUAUUACAAUUUGUCAUAUAUUGUUGUUUUAACUUGGCAUUAGUUUAUAUAUUGAUAAGUGCAUAUUUGUCUUUAGUAACAUAACAAUUAAUAAAUACUUUUAAACUAUUAUAUAUCAUACACACUUUAAAUUUUAUACUAAUUCGAGAAUGCAAUGCCGCAAUAACAAAAGAGCUGCACAGAAAACUAAAAUCGCUCUUGUACCGUCGCCGACUGUUGAUGAAGAAGUGGAGAAUGUGGAGUACUUAGAUGAGUGUGUUACAGAUGACAUCGAAGAGGUCAGUGGAAGUGCCCAUAACAGUCCAGCACAACACCUCGUUAAGACGGAAACUACGUUGGAGGAUACUUUUUAUCCGAAUGCUGUACACUGUCUUAUAGCACUGUAUCGCAAUAAGUAUGAAAAGAAGAUGAAUGAUCCUCAAGAAAUUCAAAAAUUAUACGAAAGCGUCUGGGAAGACAUUUCCAAAGAUAUGCGAGAGAGCUAUUUUGACUUUGAUGCCCAACAAGUGCGGCAGAAGUUUACACAGCUUCGCCGACAGUAUUUUUGUGUUUCUUCCAAAAAGGAAGCAGACGAAUUUGUUUAUUUUCAACCACUUCACGAAAUUUAUAAUGACAAAUUAAUUUUAAAUACAAUAAAUAAUGAAAAGCUUCCGCUAACUGCACGUAAAAACAAGCACAUUCGAAUACACCGAGAUGAUGCACUAUUCAAUUUACAGAUUGAAACGGAGACACGUGCCAUUGAAGAGAGGCCAAAACACACGGAGGAAAUCUCAGUUGAUGACCACAACAGAAAUAUAGAGUGUAAGGACGGUUCGGUAGUUACAAAUUAUAAACGUGAGCGAAGCGAAUCAAAAGAAACUCCACUUACGAAUUUACGCUAUUCAAAGCGGAAAUUGCCUAAUCCACAAACAGAGAGGAUAUCGAAUACAAAGGAGAAAUCCGUUGUUUCCGGUGAUAAAAAGGUUGAUAUGACACUUGCGGAUUACAAUGAUGCUCAACAGCGACGACAUGAAGAAAAAAUGAGCUUGCUGAGGCAGACACUUUUAUUGCAAGAACGGGCUUUGGAUAUACAAAAUAAACUUUUAGAGCAGAUAAUUAAUAGAGUCAAAUGAUUUUCUGAAGCCUACAUUUUUGAGUGUUGCAUAACUAAUAUGUGCAAAAUCUGUUAAAUAAAUAGAUCUCAUUUGUA